AGUUUUAUAAAUAAAAUUUGCAUUACCGGAAAUUUAUCGAAAGUUUUGUGACGAAAUGUUAUUGCAAAUUUUUCCUUGCUUGGCAAGGACAAUUUUUUAUUGUUUCUUAAUAAAUUUUUAAAUUUUUGGUUUUAAAGAAAUGCAUCUGAAUAUUGUGAAAUCGAAGAUUUGAUGAAAAUUAUGUGAUUCGCUGGCUGCGAAAUGUUGGAAGAUUGGAUCCAUGUGCGAGUCCCAUGGGGUGUUAAAGGGACAGGUAUUAUGGAAAAUCCUGCUCCUGGAUUAAAAAGAAUAAGCAGCCUCUGAUUAUAGAGGUUAAUUAGAAAAAUGACAGUUUCUUACCAAUAUGAAGUCGCAAGCUCGACCAGUGGAGGAUUCACCAGGUUGCUGUUUAUGUGGCGUGGCUCAUUGUACAAACUCAUCUACAGGGAACUUUUACUUUUUCUCUUUCUCUUCGGCGGUCUCUCGGCGAUUUAUCGAAACAUCUUAACACCCUCGCAGAAAAGUGUGUUCGAGCAAAUUGUAAUUUACUGUGACAGUCUAAUUACAUUGAUACCACUGAGUUUUGUACUUGGAUUUUAUGUGGCUCAUGUGGCUGCUAGAUGGUGGGAACAGUACACAGCAAUUCCUUGGCCUGAUAAAGUAAUGCACCUGGUGGCUCUAUAUGUAUCAGGAAAUGACGAAUACGGACGUAUGCUUCGCAGAGCUCUUAUGCGUUAUCUCAAUCUCUCAUUGAUUCUUGUAUUAAGAUCAAUUAGUUCCGCUGUUAAGAGACGAUUUCCAACAUUGGAUCAUGUUGUCGAUGCUGGUUUUAUGACAUCAUUGGAAUUAGGUCUGUUUCAAUCAGUUCCAAGUCUCGAAUUUAAUACCUAUUGGAUACCCUGCACUUGGUUUAUUAAUUUAUUGAAGGAGGCACGUCGCAAUCAUCGUUUACCUGAUGCACAAGGACUUAAAAUUAUAAUGGAGGAGUUUAAUCAAUUUCGUUCGAAAUGUGGACUUCUUUGGAGUUAUGAUUGGGUCUCGAUUCCAUUAGUUUAUACACAAGUUGUGACACUUGCGACCUACAGUUUUUUUGCCGUUGCACUUGUUGGCCGACAAUAUAUUGAUAGUGAUCUUAAUGGAACGAAAAAAACUCAAAUGACAAUUGAUAUUUACUUGCCAGUAUUUACCAUUUUGCAAUUUUUUUUCUUCAUGGGCCUACUCAAGGUUGCCGAGCAAUUAAUUAAUCCAUUUGGCGAUGAUGAUGAGGAUUUUGAAUUAAAUUGGCUGAUUGACAGACACACAAAGGUGUCAUAUCUUGGAGUUGACACUUUAAUGAGUCGAUGUCCACCUUUGGUAAAGGAUUAUUACUUCGAUUCGGAAAAUAUUACUUUACCAUAUACGGAAGCUGCAGCUGCUUAUAAAAAGAAAACUUAUAGAGGAAGUGUGGCAAAUAUGCCAGUGCCAGAAGACAAGCAGACUAUGUUUCUGCCAGAAAUUGCUGAAGAAGAUGAUAAUAAUAGUAAAUUAAGUGCGACACCUCGGACAUCAAGUGCCAGUUUAGCUAAUCAUCUGCACGACAGUCCAGAUGUCGAUAGGCGCCAGAUUAGUGGCUCUCCUGCGGAAAGUCCGAAGAUCAUUGAAAAAAAUUCUGAAAUUAUUGUUCCAUUGGAAAUUCAGGAAACAUUUAUCGUCGAUCAAUCGAAUGAGAGACGAAGGACCAGUACCAUAAUAGAGGCUGUGAAAAAAUUCUCAAGAACAAAACUCCCAACGCCACGCCUUGAUCAAAUGCGAAAACCAUUUUUUUCACUCAGCAAAUCAUCAAAAGUCAAUAUACAACCAUGGCCAAGUGCAACAAAUCUCACUCAUUUUGGAAACUCACAAAAAAAGAAUGAAUCAACAAAAAUUGCCAAUCAAAAAAAAUUCACCGACACAAUGACACAAAAUAAAAGUGAAACAUUUAAUAUUCCCGUCAUCGAUAUUCGUCGUUCAUCAAUUGACGAACCAGAAAAUGAUGAUGACAAUGAUGAUGAUGAUGUUGAUGACGGUAUCAUUAAUUCUGCAUUCUCACAGGAAAAAUUAACAGACACAAAAACAAAAAUAAUUUGUGAUUAUUGUAAUGAAAGUUCGUGUGAUAUUUAUUCGGAAUUUUCAUCGAAAAAUUAUUGUAAAUGUCGUCGAAGGCAUUAUCAUCAUCAUCAUCAUUAUUGUUUGGAGAAUUGUCAGAAUUGUCAGAAUAAUGAGGAAUCUCAUCAUCAUGGUUCAAAAAAACGUCUUCACAGUUACCCGAAAGUAUUAGUUUAUCGACGUAAAACAAUUGAGAGUCAUCCGCGAUGGAAAAAGGGUGUACGUUGGAAAAUGGUUGGCAAUAAAAAUGUUAUUGACAAAAAAUCACGAAGAAUAACAGUGGACAGUGUGCCAUCGGCAAAGAAACUUGUUGCAUCGUCGGGAAAUUCGUUUAAUUUCAGUAAUUCGGAAAAUAAUUUAUCUUACGAUCAGAAGAAAUGCAGUUGUUCCUAUAAAAAAGACGAAAGCAGUGAUGAUGAUGACGAUUCAUCAAUUGAGGAACAAAAUAAUACAAAAUUAUAAAUUUAAUUAAACACUGAGAAUUAAAUGGAAAUUUAUGCUAACUGAAAAAAAUUAUUGAAAAAUUUUUUAUUUUAUGUUUUCAUUUUAAAUUUAAU